AUGGCUGUCGAGUCUUGGGAGAUCGAAGCUAACAAGUGCAAGGAGAUCCUCGCUAACUCGAUCCCAAAGCAAUAUGUGGCUGCAGAAAGUGCCCUUCCAGGCGGAGAAGAGCUCCACGUCGCAGACUUCUGUCGCAAGAGCGGGCUAUUGUCAGAGAAUGAGUUGGCCAUCACUGAAUCGACGGCAACCGAUCUCGUCGCAAAGAUGGGCAAAGGUGCCCUCAGCGCGGAAGAAGUUGUUAUUGCUUUCUUGAAGAGAGCAACUAUUGGACAACAACUUCUAAACUUUGCUACCGAGUUCAUGGCGGAUGAGGCCAUCGCUCGCGCGAAAGAGCUUGAUGCAUACUACAAGAAGACAGGAAAGUUGGUGGGGCCUUUGCACGGUGUUCCAAUUAGUGUUAAGGAGCAUAUUGGGUUGGAGGGGCGCAUCUGCCACACUGGAUACGUUUCAUGGAUUAAGAACAUUGCUCCGGAAGAUGCUCUGCUUGUCCAGCUUCUCAAGAAAGCUGGGGCCGUCUUCCAUGUUCGAACAAACCAGCCUCAGUCCCUCAUGCACCUCGACUGCAACAACAACAUUACUGGAAUGACGGUCAACCCCUAUAACCGAAAGCUCUCUCCCGGUGGCUCAUCUGGAGGAGAGGGUGCUUCCAUGGGAUUCAAGUGUGCGCCUCUGGGAAUUGGUACUGAUAUCGGUGGCUCAAUCCGUGUUCCAGCUGCAUUCAACGGAGCAUAUGGUUUCCGCCCUACUGCGUUGAGAAAUCCAUACGAUGGAAUCAUCCUUGCGGGUGAGGGCCAAGAAUCUAUCCGCUGCGUUGUUGGCCCUCUAGCAAGUUCAAGUGUGGAGGACCUGGAUCUUUUCAUGUCAGCAGUCAUUGACCAAGAGCCGUGGGAUAUCGAGACAAGCCUGGUGGCAAUGCCAUGGAAACGUGUGCAAGGAACCAAGGACUUUACAGUCGCAAUCAUGUGGGACGAUGGAAUUGUACACCCUCACCCUCCCAUUACCCGUGGGUUACGAUAUGCCAAAGAAAAGAUGCAAGCCACCGGCAUCAAGAUCGUGGACUGGGAGCCGAUGGAUCACGCCCUCGGCUGGGACAUCGUCUCAACGCUUUACUUUCCCGACGGUGCUGCCUGCCAACGCAAGAUCGUCGCCGACUCCGGCGAGCCCCUGCACCCCCUCACCGAGUGGGCCUUUAAUUACUCACGCCCAGAGGCCCUGACGAUCCAUCAAAACUGGGAGUACAACGUGAAGCGCGAGAAAUACCGUGCCGACUACCAUGCUCUGAUGAAAGCGCGUGGGGUCGAUUUCAUCCUCAGUCCCACGUACGUGGGCGUCGCUCCUGAGCUCGGUACCUCCCAGUAUUGGAACUACACCGCCAUCUGGAACAUCCUGGAUCAACCCACUGCCGUCUUUCCAACAGGACUAUUCCAGGACCCUAAGAUUGAUAAGGCAGAAUCCAGCUAUCUUCCUAGAAAUGCGGUCGAUGAGAGAGAGUUUGUCAAGUAUGUGCCGGAGAAGUUUGAGGGUGCGCCGAUCUGUCUGCAGUUUACAGGAAAGCAUUUUAAGGAUGAGGAGACAUUGGCUGCUGCAAAGAUUGUGUCGGAUAUCAUCCAG